AAUGCAUUCUGCAUUUCUGUUCCUGAGCUGAAAGGUUGCCCUUCAAAUGGACAAAUGGGGUUAAGGAGCCCCAAAGAGGCCUUUGGAACAGAUUCAACAAGAUGAAGAAUGGCGCUGAAGGGGCAAGGCAGGAAACGGCAACUGUUUUCUUUAGGAGAAAGAUCCGAAGCAGCAGGAUGGAAACAUGGAGUCAGAGGCUCCAAUGAUGAUUGGCGCUCAGGGCUCUGGCUGUUCCAGGCGUUUCCUUCUAGAUAUGUGAAUCCUGGAAAGAGCUCACUCUUGGAAAUGCAGCAACAGCGGGACUGAAGAGGCAUCACCUUCCUUCUCCACCAGUCCUUUUGUAUCUAUGGUCUUCCUCAGAGGGAUCCACAUCAGUGUUUGGAUAUUUUUACUCUUUUGGAUAAAGUGACUCCCAUAAAAAGAAAAACUGAUUUCAAGUGCCAAUGUUCUCUUGCUCCAGACAGAGCUAGGUUUAUUCUUGGUUGAGUUCUACAUUGCUGUGUUGCUGAAGAGUUUCUCAUAUAGAGAAUGGGAAGGUUUGCUGACAUGGUCCUCCUUUCGGCAGCCUGGCCUGGUUUCAUGGUGACUUUCAGUCUGAACUGUUGGAAAGACCGAACCCAGGGGCAGAACUUGAGUUUUACUUGCCCAGGGCCAAUUUAUGGAGUUUUCUGAGCAGGGAUUUGAACACUGGUGUUCAGAGUCCUAGUCCAGUGAUCCCACCAGGGUGCAGGGGUUGCAAACUACAUGGGGUGACACCAUCAGAGAAGGUGAUACCAAAAGGAUUCCCCCAGGCAGGAAGCAACCAGGCUUUGAAGUUGCCAGGGCAUUUAGUGCUAAUCAAGCUGGCCAAUUGCAACAUUCACACUUCCCUCCAACAGAAAAGAGUUCUUUCUCCCACCCUGGACCUUCACAGAUAUACAGUAUAAACCCGACUUGGCUAGUUUCCAACAUACCUCACAACUUCUGAGGAUGCCUGACAUAGAUGUGGGCAGAACGUCAGGAAAGAAUGGUUCUGGAACAUGGCCAUACAGGCCGGAAAACUCACAGCAAACCAGUGAUUGAAUAUAAUUGGUUUGUGCAGUGUUUCAGCAGAAAUGUAUUGUUUUUUUAUAAACCUAUCUCCAAAGUUAGAUAUAACCACAACAUCAUUUCCAUAAGCCUAGCAUACAUGCACUGCAUUAAUAGGCCUAUGAGGCUAAACCCUAUGCUAAUUUACUUUUUGAAUCUUUUAAUGUGCAUGCAGUCCAGAAAAAGCUGUCAUCAUUAUUAUACAAUGAUACUUCAGAUUGUGUGGUUUCAUCUGCAUGUGCUACAGCCACGCUCUGUUGCAUGCAAGGAGGCCCAUGGGGUUGACACCAACCCGAGUGACACCGUGGGAUCAAACCACUAAACUGCUGUGGUUUUAAUAUCACAUGCUGUACCAGUCCUGCCUUUGUAAGGGCCUUGCCCUCUAGUGUUCAGCAAAGGUAUUGCAGUCUCUGAAAAUGGCCCUAGCCUAGGCAUGGGCAAACUUAGGCCCUCCAGGGUUGUGGACUUCAACUCCCACCAUUCCUAACAGCUUCAGGCCCUUUCCUUUUCCCCCUCAGCCACUUAAGAGAGGAGGAGGAGGAGAAGGAGCCGCUUAAGCGGCUGAGGGGCAAAAGAAAGGGGUCUGAGGCUGUUAGAAAUGGUGGAAGUUGAAGUUCAAAACACCUGGAGGGCCCAGGUUUGCCCAUGGCUGUUCUAGCCCAUGAAUCUACCCUGAUUUGAGAAUGCCCAACACCCCUUAUGAUAGUAGGCCCUUGUCUGUUGGAAGCAAAUGUGAAUGUUGCAAUUGGCCACCUUGAUUAGCAUUGAAUGUCCAGGCAGAAAGCAGCCAGGCUUUGAAGCUGCAAGGUCAUUCAGUGCUAAUCAAGAUGGUCAAUUGCAACAUUUACACUUGCCCAAACAGACAAGAGUUCUUUCUCCCACCCUGGACCUUCCACAGAUAUAUAAACCCCACUUGCCUAGUUUCCAACAGACCUCAUAAUCUCUGAGGAUGCCGUAUAUGUGGGUCAAACAUCAGGAGAUAAUGCUUCUGGAACAUGGCCAUACAGCCUGGAAAACUCACAGCAACCCAGUGAUUCCGGCCAUGAAAGCCUUCGACAACAGAAAGUACAGAAUUAUCUCAUUCAGAAUCAAAGGGUUUUAAAAUUCUUUAAAUCUUCUUUACAGUCCUGAAAGAAAGAUGGCAAAAUAGAAUAAAUACUAUAUUGCAUUUGGACUCCAUUCCCGGUUUUCUAAAAUGACUGGCCUUUUAGCAUGCCAAGAGGCUGAGCUACCAUUUGGCCUCACUGGCGGCCAUGGGAACAUAAAGGAGCAAAUUGUUUGGUGUCGGGGAGUAAAUGCUGGGAAGGCCUCCUGCAGGAAGUGAGGUCAUGGUGAAAGGAGAGUUGGGAUGCUGAGCUCUUCUUCUGUGUGAGAACCAGAAGGCUGACAGAUGUUGUGAAAGAUGAAAGGCCAGAGCGGCCUCCACUUCAUGACUCUAUGCAGUGCAAAAUUAUCUUACUGUCACUGGGAAAGGGGUCCCUAAAAGGGGCCGGGCAGCUGUCUUGCCAAAGCCAUGCUGUGAAAUAUGCAGCAUGUUAUUUUCUUCUGUAAACAGAACCAUUGGAUAGACAUGAUCGCCGCUGCCUCCCGACGCUACUGUUCAGUGGAAAGUUAUAGUCUUGAAGACUUCCCCAGUAUCCCUCAUAGAAAGAUGUUCUGUAUGAAAUGGGGUGAUGGAGAAAGCUUUUGCAUGGACAGAAACAUCUUCUAGGGUGCUCUUAUGAGUUGUUUUCUGUGUUGUUGUUUUGCUGUGUGCCUUCGAGUUGCCUCCAACUUACUGCAAUUCUAUCGCGGGGUUUUCUUGGUAAAGUUUGUUCAGAGGGGGAUUGCCUUUUCAUCCAAGAGAGUGUGACUUACCCAAAGAUAAGUUUCCAUGGCUGAGCAGGGAUUCGAAUUUUCUUCUCCAGAGUCCUAGUCCAACUCUCAAAUGUUCUGUCUAAGAACUGUGAAUAAAUGCAAAGAGAUGCUGUUAUUGUAUUAUUGUUUACAAUAUUGUUUUAUUGAUUCCAAUCCAAGCUGCUGCUGUUAACUUUUCAAGAUCUUAAUGAUUUGAGACCCAUGGCCCUUGGGUGGCUUCACCAUUCUGGCAAUUACUGUAGCCAUUUGGGCAAGGAUUUAGUGAGGUUUUCUUAUUGCCUUUGGGACCUCUGCUUGAAGAUGUUAGAAAAUCUACAUUUUUACUGUUUUUUCAGAGAGGGCAUCCUAGUUUGUUGUUGUUUGGAUGAUCUGAUUAUCUUUCUUACAGUACUUCUUUAAAAGCUGGGUUUUAGUUUUAUCGAGUGUUAUCAUUUUAUUAGUGUUAUUCUUUUGUGUUCAGAAAAGAGGCCAAUACUUUUAUCAAAAAGUCGGAGUGGAAAUUGGAAUAGCUAGUGUUGAGUCUGGAAAUACUACACGUCCUGCAGUUAUUGCCAUAAGGGAAAAGUUGGUGUUGUGGAUUCUCCCUUUAUAUGGGCAACCUGGUGGUGAUCUAAUCAUGGCAUCCUAUUAGAUGUAGCUGACUGUUCUCCAUUUUCAUGUUCAGUCCAUCUAACCUAUGACCCUCCAGGUGUUGCUGGACUGCAUCUCCCAUGAUCCAUUGGUUGUAUUGGUUAGAGCUGUUGGAAUUUGUAGUCCAGCUGUACCUGGAAAUCUAGACUUUUCCCAGCCCUGUUCUAAGUCCAGGGAUCACGCAAUCAUUGGGGAUGUGACUCGAUAGCGUCCUCAAAGACUUGUGUCCAAGAUUGUUGUAUCUAUCUAAAGGAUAAUGCUGUAGAUAACCAAAUAAUUGAUGUUUCACAAGACCACCAGGAGAUUUUUCUGGUGGCCGAUAAAUGAGGCCCAUAAACUGUAAUUCUCCACAGGUUUGAAAGGGCAUCCUGGGCCCUUGUGUAGGACAUAGCAUCAGUGCUACAUACAGAUCUCCAGGACAUGUCUGUCUUAAAAGCUUAAGUAGAUGCCUUGUUUGUACUUUGCCAUGUUUAUUCUUUCUUUCACUUGGUCCUUCCCAGUCUUGUCCAGUGCCAUUGGUAAUCUGAUGUUUACCAUAAAGUCAUCCUUGGCCUCCUGUUGCUGUUGUGUAUGACGUGUCCCUGCUGCUGCAACCCCUACUCUUCUUUCAGCCCUUCCUCUCUGUGUGUCAUUCUUUGAGGUCCAGAAGAAGUAAAGGAAGUUAGAACCAAGAUGCAUAAUUCUUAUCUGGUCAAAAUAACAGCAGCCAAAAUAAAAGAGGAAAAUGGGAUGGGAAGGCAUACUGAGCACAGAGUGGGUUGGGCAACAGGAUGGAGAGCAGUCUUUGGCAACUUUCAGACCUUUGGAGAACUGCAGUUUAUAGGCCUUAUUUAUCGGCCACAAGAAAAAAUCUCCUAGUGGUCUUGUGAAACAUCAAUUAUUUGGCUAUCUACAGCAUUAUCUUUUAGAUAGAUACUACAAUCUUGGACACUUCUUUGAAGAUGGUAUUGAGUCAUAUCCCCAAUGCUUGCCUGAUAUUUAGGCCAGGAAAAUUCCUUUUCGUCUUCACAGCUGUUGAGCUCUGACUGUGUGCUGAAACAACAGUGUUUCCUAACCAGUUCAGUCAUAAAGGGGGUUAUUCUCCCUUAAAAGCUCAUCAGUAGCUGACUCACUGGUGCGGUGUAAAUGAAGCUUAUCUGAUGCAGUGCUAGAAAUUGAGCUCGGGUUUUUUCUUGACUGGAAGUGCUAUAUAUUAAGGAAAGAUGAGGAGAGAGCUGUGCAUGAAGGAGUCAAGCGAAGUGCUGCGGGGACAGAUGCAGUGCAUGAUGCGGACGCUGCAUGAUCUGAAGAAGGUGCACGACCAUGAGUUCCGACUGGAUCCCCAGGAGGUGGGGAGGGCACCCCCGGCCAUCCCUUCCCCCAAGCAGUGCACCAGUCCCCGAGUGUCGGGGCUGUCUGGAGCAGACUCUGCCUGUUGCUUGGAGGUGGCGGUAGAAGAGGAGGUGGCGUUCUCUCCUCCCAGCAGCGAGCGGAGCCUAGAAUUCGACUCGGGCUACUCUGAAGUGUCUGGGAGCAGCUGGCGGGAUGAAGAGGUACCCCCACCCUUACGAGCCAGCAAACUUUCCUCUGGGGGCUUUUUGCGCCGUCGACCACCUGCCAGGAGGCCCCGUCCCAAGUCAGCCUCUGAUGCCUGCCUAGAACGAUGGCGGGAUGUUGAACCAGUGGAUGCGGGGGACUGGACAGUCUCCCUCCUGUCACAGAGCCGCAACCGACAACCUCUGGUGCUGGGGGACAACUGCUUUGCUGACUUGGUUGAGAACUGGAUGGACUUACCCGAGGAGAGCGGGGAGCGUGGACGGCUGCAGCGCUGGCUGGCCAAACCCCAUGGCUUCCUUCUCAAUCUUUCAGGCAAUGUACGCCGCAGGCUGGCUGGCAUUUCACGCACAGAGCGUGCCAAGCAGGACUCUGACGGCACCAAGCGCUUCUCGUGCCCGGUGGGCCUGGGAGGGCGGCCUUCCCUCCCCUAUUUCCACCAGUCCCACGCCAACAUCAGUGAGCUCUCCACAGACUGUAGCAGCUUUGCUGCCCUUAUGAACUGCCGAAGUCGGCAACCCAUCAUUUGCAAUGAUGUGAUUGGCUACAUCUAAUCAAGCCUUCUUUUAUAAUCCUCCUUUUUCUAAACAGAUCUAUAUUUUUAUGGUUGUCUGUAAAUAAAUGUUGUUGUUUUUGUA